AUGACACAAGGGGGCGGCUGCCACUGGGUAGUCCGCACUUGCUUACAGCUCAUGUCACGGAUGUGGGCGGAAGGGGAUAGGGAAGUUGAGAACCGAGGACCAACUUCAGGGCAGGAUCUGAUCAAGCCCAUCAAGUAUAUUCGACUCCGACCAGUGUUGCUCGGAAAAUAUGUACAACGAAACCCACAAGCAGAAUCCGACGCCGCACUCCACCGACAGCACAAGGUGCUAAAUGUGUACCCGUGUGCCCGCCGGCCCUGUAUCUACAUCUAUCACAACCCGAGCUGA